UAAGAUAACUUGUCUUGUUUUCUUUUGGUCGUAAUUAUAUCAUGAUAAUUGGCUAUCUGAAACAACGUACAUAUGAUUAGAUAACUGGAUAUCUCAUCUUCCAAUGAGUGGCAAUGACAUUUUUGCUCUCUACUAGCUCCAUAAUCACACACACAGAGCUUAGAGCUUCAAAAAAUCACAGUCGACUCCCCAUAUAUAGAAAUGGGUAAUUACUCAGAGGCACACAUUUGCCACUGCCUGAGCCUCCUAUCCACUCUCCGGCGCAACUCCGUGGUCACCGUCGCCGGAAACCGGCGAAAGACCGGCAAGGAGUUCGUGGACGGCGUCAUGGGUCUGGCCCAGGGCCUGCUCCAACUGGGACUCCAGUCCGGUGACGUCGUCUCCAUUGCUGCCUUCAACAGUGAGUUGUAUUUGGAGUGGUUACUUGCAAUUGCAUAUGUUGGUGCUAUAGCCGCUCCUCUUAAUUACAGAUGGAGUUAUGAAGAGGCGGUUUUGGCAAUGGAGGUGGUGAGGCCUGCAAUGCUGGUUUCUGAUGAUAGCUGUGUAUCAUGGUAUUCUAAGCUUCAACAGAAUGAUAUUCCUUCUCUAAGGUGGCAUGUUUUGCUGGAUCCUUCCUCGGAUUUUGUAACGACUUCGAAUGUUAAUGUAUUAACUACUGAAACAAUUAGAAAGCAAUCUGGGAGGGAUGCAUCAUUGGAUUACUGUUGGGCACCUGAGGGUGCUGUUAUCAUUUGCUUCACUUCUGGAACCUCAGGAAGGCCAAAGGGGGUUGCCAUAAGCCAUUCAGCCUUUAUAGUACAGUCCCUAGCAAAAAUUGCGGUCGUUGGCUACGGUGAGGAAGAUGUGUAUUUGCAUACUGCUCCACUCUGCCAUAUUGGUGGUUUGUCAUCGGCACUAGCAAUGCUUACGGUUGGAGCAUGCCAUGUAUUUAUACCUAAAUUCGAUGCUAAAUCUGCCAUCGAAGCCAUAGGACAACACAAUGUGACUUCUCUAAUCACCGUCCCUGCCAUGAUGGCCGAUUUAGUUUCUACAUUCAGGGGAAAUGAUACAUCUAAAUGCAUAGAGACUGUCAAGAAGAUAUUAAAUGGAGGUGGAGGUUUGUCAAUUGAGCUCACCAAAGCUGCCUCCAAAUUGUUCCCAAAAGCUAAGCUUCUCUCAGCUUAUGGGAUGACGGAAACGUGCUCUUCACUGACCUUCAUGACCCUGUAUGACCCGAAAGUCGAUCAAAGAAAAUCGCACUCAGUAGAUCAAACAAGAGGUAUUUGUGUUGGCAAGCCUGCUCCUCAUGUAGAGUUGAAGAUCUGCACCGAUGGGUCUUCUGAUGUGGGGAGGAUAUUAACUAGAGGACCUCAUGUGAUGCUUAGAUACUGGAAUGGAAGUCUCGCAAAUGCAGCUGCAGGGUCCAGCAAUGGAGUUUGGCUUGACACAGGUGACAUUGGAUUCAUUGAUGACUAUGGUAACGUAUGGCUUAUAGGACGAGCAAAUGGUCGAAUCAAGAGUGGAGGGGAGAACAUUUACCCUGAAGAGGUAGAGAGAACCCUAUUACGACAUCCAGGAGUCACCGGCGUUGUUGUUGUGGGAAUUCCAGACGCUCGUCUCACGGAAAUGGUUGUUGCUUGUGUUCAAAUAAGAGAAAACUGGCAAUGGGUGAAUACCAAAGUGUUUGCAAAUCAAAUGCUUCACAUUUCCAGUGAGAUCCUUUUGCGAUACUGUAAAGAAAAGAAUUUGACUGGGUUUAAAAUACCAAAGAAGUUCAUUGUAUGGAAGAAGCCAUUUCCGCUCACAACGACUGGAAAAAUAAGAAGAGACCAAAUUCGGGGAGAUGCUAUGUUGCAUCUGCAAUAUUUGAUCAGUCAUUUAUGAUUCCCUUUUCUACCUUCUCAUUGUUAAAUGAAGAACGCAUAGAGCUAACAUGAUCACGGGGAAUAGAAGAAAGUGUCUUACUCCAGGAUAAUGCUGCAAUAUUGGUGAAUAAUGAUCAAGGGCAAUGUAUAUUUUUUCAACAAGAUUCAACAGAGUGUC